GAUUAACGCAACUAUCACUGGAAUUCAAGGCCCUAAAACUAUGAAAGAAAACGCAAGACCAGAAGAUUCCAAUCCUCUGUCCACCGUAGACGACAUCCAAAAACGCCUCCUCCGCCCUGCCGAUCUUCAUUCUCCCUCGGAAUGUUUAAACUCUUCGACAUUGAAUUUGAAAAAGAGCGGAACGGUUAAAAAGAAGCUGGAAGAUUACCUAGAUCCGAUCCUUCUGGCGGCGCUCUCAUCCAAAAUUGGACGUUCAAAGAAGGCAAAAUUAGAGACGAUGUUCAAGAGAGAUGGUCUCGGAUUUGAGUGGCCUGUUGACGAACUCAAUUUGUUUGCGGAAGAGGAUUCAAGCAAUUCUAACAGAGGCAGCCGGAGAAACGAAGCCUUUGAUCUCAACUAUGAUUUCGAUGUGAUCGGCGAUGGAGACGAAAAUAUCCGUUCCUCGUUUCAGCGUUUCAGGAAAACGGCGUUGAAAAAAUUUGAACAUUGA